AUGUUAACCACCCUUACUCUUUCCUUUUGCCUCAUUUUUGGUUUCAAUGUUGCAAUAGUUUCGACAAAUCCUUUGCAGUAUGAUUCUAUUUUCAACUUUGGUGACUCUCUCAGUGACACUGGGAAUUUCCUCCUUUCUGGUGCGUUGGCUUUUCCUGUGAUUGCAAAGCUCCCGUAUGGUGAAACCUUCUUUCGACACGCAACAGGCCGGUGCUCCGAUGGACGUCUUGUUGUUGACUUCAUCGCUGAGGCAUCUGGGUUGCCACAUUUGCCACCCUAUCUAGCACUUCGAAAAGAUCAGCUGCAUUCCUUUCAUGGAGUAAAUUUCGCUGUUGCUGGUGCUACUGCUCUUGAUGCUAAAUUCUUCUACGACCAACGUAUUGGACAAAUUUUGUGGACAAAUGAUUCGUUGAGUGUUCAGCUUGGAUGGUUCAAACAGUUGAAGUCCUCUCUUUGCACCACCAGACAAGAAUGUGAUAAUUACUUCAAAAAAUCGCUAUUUCUCGUGGGAGAGAUUGGAGGAAACGAUUAUAAUUAUGCCUCCUUUGUUGGUGGAAGCAUUAAACAACUCAGAGCUUCGGUGCCUCUUGUUAUUCAAGCAAUUACUAAGGCUACCAGUUUUUUGAUAGAGGAAGGAGCAGUAGAAUUGGUGGUGCCAGGGAAUUUGCCGAUUGGAUGCUCAGCAGUGUAUUUGACCUUGUAUGGAAGUCCUAACAAUACAGACUACGAUCGGAAUGGGUGUUUAAAAGCUUACAAUGCUUUCUCCAAGUAUCAUAACAAUCAACUCAAAAAAGCCCUGGAUAUGCUGAGACGAAAGUACCCACAAGCUAGGAUAAUUUAUGCUGACUACUAUGGUGCAGCCAUGCGUUUCGUUCACGCACCACAACAUCAUGGAUUUUCGAGUGGGACUCUCAAAGCUUGUUGUGGAGGGGGUGGACCAUAUAAUUUCAAUAACUCAGCAAGGUGCGGGCACAUCGGUUCAAAAGCAUGCAGCAAUCCGUCCAGCCACGCAAAUUGGGAUGGGAUUCACUUGACAGAAGCUGCUUAUAGGUAUAUUGCCAUGGGUUUGGUCAACGGCCCUUUUACUAUACCACCCCUCAGAACCUCUCUUAAAUCUUUAGCGUGA